AUCCCUAGUGCUUCCGUCAGUCGCUGUUCCGACGCAGAGCGAACAGGAGCUCUGACAACAACAAAAAAGAGAAAGCGAGAGCCGCUUUCACUUGCACGAUCUUUUUUUAAACCGAAAAGCGACCAAAUAGCUCCAUUGUUGAACAACAAGUGCAGUUUCUUUACAAAACUAAAGUUUUGCAGUGUCAAGUGCUUUUGGAAUCAUUGACCAAAUCCGGCAGCCCGAUAGAGACCGGACGGUCUCUGUUUAAACGAAAAGAUGUGGCAGUGCCCAAGGUUAGCAUUGAUCUUGGCGGUGUCGGCCCUAGCGUGUUAUAUCGCCCAAGCUGAAGAAACGGAGAGCACAGAGCACAACAAACGUCAAGCAGCCAGAUGGAGAUGGCCGGAUGAAAACCCAUCUCGGGUGGGCGCUGGUCGCUUGAUACCCAUCGGAAGGCCGGCAGUUGACAAACUCCAAUUGCAACCCGUCACCCCACAACAACCUUACGACAAGUCUAGCACCCACGAUCGAGCCCCAAUUGGCAAUGUGCCGAAAACGAGUCACGUUCUGACAACGGUAAUUAACAAACCAGCCACGACGGUUGUGGCACCGUCGCUUCCUCCCAUUCCGGCCAAGGCAACAGUGGAAGCGGUUAAGGUUACGACCGCUUCAGAUAACGAAAAACCGGCCGCCACCAGCGGAAAGAAUUCAAGCGGCGUGCCUCUCUUGAAAGACGCUGGAAAACCGGGAAACCCGUACAUCUUAUUGAAUGACAUUUUCCCACCUAAAAACAGCAUCCGCACCAAGGAACAGGAAGAGGCAAAUUUUAAUUCGCUUCAGCACAAAGAUCUGGGAGGGCUUGAUGCCAGCGAAGUCUAUUUGGCCGACGAUGACCUCUUCGUCGUUAGAGGCUUCGAUUUCAAAAAACCCUACUCAGCUGAUCCUCCUGGACCACCUAUUAGCGACUACCAAGCACCGGCUCCUUUGCCUCCUCCGCCACCAGAGCCCGGAACUGUUUUUUAUCCCAGUAACGAGACGGACGCCACUUUCAAUUUUUUCAACCCCGAUUUCAAUAGCAAAGAUCCGAGCGACUUGCCAUUUUUCCCUUUUAUUCCGGGCGGAUUGGGCGAGAGUAACGAGCAGCCACCGAAUUUCCCCGACGAUCCAAACUUCUUCCCUUUCCCAUUCUUACCACCGCCUGCUCCCCAUUGGACCGAAGAAAAAGAAUUCAGCGAUAACGACAUCAGAGAUCCGUUCCAGUCUGCCGGCCCAACUGGCGGUAGUUUCCCCUUCCCUCAGGGUGGCCCACCACCAGGACAGGGAUUCGCUUUGUUCAACGGCACGCAGGGACCACCGCCACCAUCUGGAUUGAAUGGUUUUCCCGGAAUUGGUGGAACACCACCAUUUCAAGUAGGAAAUCCUCAAGCGGGUCCACCGGGAGGACUACAACGGCCACCUGGAUUUCCACCAGGAGCACCCGGGGGUUUCCGACCUGUAGGUCCAGCAGACCUUCCACCAAUAAAUGGCCCAAAUGCUAACGUUACGCUCGUAGAUGACGAAGAAGACGUUCCGUUUACGCCCUUAUUUCCCGAAAGACCUGUCGAGUUCUACUACCCCACGCACAACACGACAGCUCAACCGCCAGGCCCAUUUGGACCAGGAAUUUUCGUCCCACCUCCAGUUCACUUCUUCGCCCCACGCAACAGUUCCGAAGUUAUCAAUGUGGAGAUUUCACCAAAGCUGUUCCUUCCGCCCUUCAACUUACCCAACUACUAUAAAAAAGUGUCUCCACCAGCUGCUCGCCCAUUCCCACCGCGGCCGCAGAACAUUCCUCCACCAGGGCAUUCACCAUCCGGUCAAUUUGAUGGUAUCUAUGGUUUUAAACAACACGCUCAGAAAGUACCAGCUUACACGCCGAUUGCGCUUAAACCGUCCAUCAAUCCGAUCAAACCAAUCCUUGCUACUGAUCCCAACCCGCAGGUCGUGCCAAUCAAAGCCGCCUUGCUUGACACGCCAUCGAAAGAGGUCAGCCAAGUGCCGCAAGUUGUACGACAUUACCAACCAUUUGGAUACAGUUAUCAGCAAGGCUAUCCACCGUUUUACACUCCACACGAUCCUAUUGCAGGAAACCAAAAUCCUAUCAAGUUAUCCGUGCCCCAAUCUACUCAGCAUAACCACAACAUUCCAAGUCAACAACAUCCGCAACAUCCUCCGUAUUUGCCAAUAAAAGCGACCCCAGUCAGUUUAGAGAGCGACAUCAAUGUCAACUAUCGACCACAGCGACCGGCCAUCAACCCCGACAGUGAGAUCAUCGAUCCUGCUCUGCUCCGCCCGAACCCACCGCAGAACUGGAAUCCAUACGCAGCUGUCUAUGCCCAUCAAAUUCAACCCCCGAAAUACGAAAGUUUGAGUCAACCGACAGACCAGCAGCCGACGGUUACGACAAGCAACAGAGAAAAACCAGCAAAUUUUGUUGCCGUGUACCGCAUCGGAGGGGGUAGCUAUUCGUACAAUCUAGGCGGAAGACGACGAUGAUCGUCUCAUUUUUUUUUUUUAACUUGACAAUACAUUCCAAUCGAAUUUUCAGUGUUUCUCAUCUUUUCUCAUUGCUUUUUUGCUUUUUACUGUUUGCCCGUUCAAGUGUUGUACAGUCAUUAAUCGUGUAUGCAAUUUCGACGGAGAAACAAUUAAUCGAAAUACAGGUCGUUGGAACCGGU